AAUUCCUAAAAUCUUUGACCAUUUCAAGGGCUUUUUCGUAACAACACACGUUUUUAAACCCUACUUAUAUAAAAACCACAUUUCCAUUAGUUUCUCAAUAACCAAAUUAACCAAAUAACAAAUCAUACACACAGCUCUCUGUUUUCAGCCGCCAUUGAUGGACUUCGACCAUCUUCUCAAUCUCUUCGACUCAUUCUGGUUCCAGCGUCAAGUCCUCAACAAUCAUCCUUUUCCAUCAAACCCACAAAUCCUACAACCUCAAAUUCAAGAUCCCGAUCCAUUACCCAAGGAAUCAUUCCUCAUUCCUCGCCUUCGAACGAGAUCCAUAAGCGAAGAUUUAAGCUCUAAAUUAAGCUUCAUGUCCAAUUCUAAUUCCCCCGAUUCAGUUCUCCUUUCUCCAAAGCUUCAAACGAUCUUUUCCAGCAAGGACAUCGCCGGAGCGGAGUCGCCGGAGACAAGCCAUAAGGUGGAAAUUGAGCGGAGGCCAAAAACAGAGUACAGGAGGAGGCUUAGAGGAAGAAGGACGAGACGGUCGGAAAGUCGGAGUCUUUCAGAGCUGGAAUUCGAGGAGUUAAAAGGGUUUAUGGAUUUGGGAUUUGUUUUCUCGGAAGAGGAUAAAGGUUCGAGCUUGGCGUCGAUAGUUCCGGGAUUGAACAGGCUAGGGAAAAGGGAAGAGAAAGGAAAUAAAGAAGGAGAAGAAGAAGAAGAAGAAAAAGAAGAAGAAAGAAAAUUGGGUGGUGAAAUUUCGAGGCCUUAUCUUUCAGAAGCUUGGGAAGCUAUUGCGGAAGAAGAAGAGAAAGAGGAAUUGUUGAAGAGGCCAUUGAUGAUGAAAUGGAGGUUUCCUUCUAAUCAGAUUGAUAUGAAAGAUAAUCUAAAAUGGUGGGCUCAUGCUGUUGCUUCUACUGUCAGAUGACAUUACUCUAAUGCAUUCUUUUUCUUUUUGUAAUUGUAAAUUUUUGGAGUUUCUUAAUAAUUUUGAUUUGAGAUCAAUGUUUGAGAUAUUCAAAGCUAAUGUGUAAAUAUAUAUCCAGAAAUUUCUUGGGAAUUAUUCUUGCUUCUUUUCCAAAUAUAUAGAUUGAGAAUCAACAUUUUGGUUAUAUCA